UCAUGCAGGCUGGAUUAAGAUUUAAUCCAAUGUGCACGUUUGUAUCUUUGAAUAGGGAUUUGUUUUCUAUAAAUUUUACCCGAGACAAGCAGCAUUUCAUUUAAAGAGUAUUCUCUUUAGCAGUCAGGAUGAAGAUACUAGCUUUUUCAUUUCUUUUAAUAUUUUUUCGUCCAGGCGAUGCAGCAUAUUCGUACGGACUGGAGAACGACCUUAGAACUCUCCUCUUUACCACCAACAGUUAUAACAGAUUCACCCGACCACUUCUCAACGUUCAAAUAAGCGCUCAACUGAAUAUCAUGAGUCUAAAUUCUCUGAGUAUGAAAGAUCAAAUGAUGACAUUGGCAGGAUAUUUUACGUUGGAAUGGUCUGAUGCUCGCCUGGACUGGAGUACAAACCCGACAUACAACUCUGACGUCCCAGUAAUUUACACUUCACAGGAUUAUGUGUGGAUUCCAUCGCUUGUCGUUUCAAAUUCAGUUGACGAUCUUGCGGUUAUUAGCGAUAACACGGUUGUCAUCCGCGUAACCAAUGAUGGUACCCUCAACUGGACCCCAGGUGGUGUGUACCAGACCCAGUGCUCAACGGACGUCACAUACUAUCCCUUUGACACCCAGGUCUGUAGCGUAAUUCUCUCCACAUGGGGAUACACAAGUACCGAAAUCACUCUCAACAGUACAGGAGUGGAUUUAUCUUAUUAUGAACCUGACGGGGAGUGGGAGUUUAUAUCUAACAGCGUAACGACGACCACGCGUACGUCAGGACAGAACAGCAUGCCACAGGUUUCUUUUGAAAUGACAUUUAAGCGAAGACCCGUCUAUCAGGUCAUGAAUACGAUCCUUCCAAUGAUGCUCUUGGGCUUACUUAUUUGCUUUGUAUUUCAUCUUCAUCCUGAUUCCGGAGGGAAGAUUGGGUAUUCUCUCACUACACUCCUCGCCUUUGCAGUAUACCUUACGAUCGUGUCUGCUGAUAUGCCAACUACUUCCCUUCACACGGCUUAUCUUUCUGUAUACCUGGUCAUUAUGCUCUUUUUGGGAGUGUCAGCAGUUCUGCUUUCUCUGUUUAUCAUCAAUUGUCACCAUACCAAAGAAGACAAACCAAUUCCAAACUACAUCGAAAACCUUUGCUCUGCCUUGAAAAAAAUUACGUGCAGUAAUUGCUGCAAGAAAAAUGUCGUAAAUGAUAUGGAAAAAAGUGAAAAGUUGGAAACUGAAAGAACGGCUAUUGACGCAUUUCAACCGGAACUUACAUGGUCGGAAGUGGCUACAAAUUUAGACCGAUUUUUUUUUAAGUUAUAUUUGAUCAUCUUCUUUGGGCUGACCAUCAUUGUGCUCUUGAUACUUGUUAUUCACUACUACAUUGUCUAAUACCGAUAAUUCAUUACACCAAGUGAGCACAUCAUAGAUAUAUAACUUAAUUACAGUAAGGAUAUUUGGAAUUCCGAUAUUAAGUUUUCUUUGAUCACAAAUGUUUCUCAAAGACUCUCUUUCAUCUUGGUGUAGUAGAAUUUAAAAUCAUGUUUGUCUCAAUAUUCAAAUGUCUCAAUUAUUCAACUGGGGGUCAUAUAGAGUUUCUGAGUAAGGAUAUUUAUGUUUGUGAAAUGUGGCCUUUAUAUUUUAAUCAAUGGCUAGUAACAAAUCAACUGCGACAAGUUGUUUGUCUUUUCAUAUGGGCUCAAUGCUGUAUGACAUUUACAAUGACUAUUCGUGGCCUUAUGAAUUUUAACCAUUGCUGGUAUUCUUAUUGGAGAUGUCUCAAAACCUACUAGAGAUAGGUGAAAUUAUAAUGAACAUAAAUGUACCUCACACAGUGAUUUUUUAAUCAUUACCCAAAAUCUGUUAUUGAAAUCAAAGAAGGCUUAAAGUUCAGACUAUAUAUGACAUGGGCCUAAAAUGGCCCCCUAAAAUGAACAUUAGCAUUUUACUAUAAUUCUUUGUUUCCUUAGUACAGAUAUGUAUGUGAUGUGGUUACAUAAUAUUCAUUUUGGUUCAAGUGCCAACAAUUUAGAAAUAUGACAUUGUAAAGACAACCUUUUCCCGCCAUUUUUUGCAUUUUUAGCAUAAAACUGCUUGUUUCAAGUUUUCCUUCCGAGAACAUAGAGCGCAUGCUUGAAUAACAAAAUAUUUUAAUCAGAGAUGUAUCUAGCCAAGACUAAUAAGUGACAAAAAAAAUUCUUGUUCAAGCAUUCGCUCUAUAUUUCCCAUUCAUAAAUAGAUGAGAAAAAUGUCAAUUUUUGGCUGAUUUUGAUUGAAUUAUGGAAAUCGCAUCGCGUCACUUCUGACGUCAUAAACUGCCGGUGAGUGCAAAUAAAUCAAAUAAAUAGAUGGAAAAUAUAUUUGAUAUCUACCCCUCCAAAAAAAUAAGUACACAUUUUAUUGUACCCGAAACACUUAAAAAAUGGCAAAUUAUGGUGGCCAAAUUUAACUCUUAUCAUAUAUAUAUAUAUAUCUUUGGAAAUUUACCACGCAAAACUAAGAGAAUAAUAAUAAACAAUGUUACAUUUCAUGCUUUAACUAUACGAGCAUCAGCCAGAUGAACGGGUAAUAUAAUAUUGAUCUUCAACAAAAUCUUCAAAAGUAAUGCUAUGAAUUCUUACAAUAUCAAGCAACUUUUCAAAAAAAAUCAAAUUAUAAGGUUUUCUUAAUCUACGGUUCAUUUCCUAAUAUGUCAUUUCUUUUCACUGUACUUUAUGAAAACCUAGGUAUUCGAAGAGAAAAGACAAGUUAUUGUGAGAAUGUUAGUAAAGUUUACAAUCUAUUCGUAUUCAAAUUAUAAAAUAAAAUUCUAUGAACAUAAUAAAUG